GUUCCAUCCCAGCCAAGUAGAAGAGCGGAAAGCAGCCGAGGCAUCUCUCUCUCUCUCCGCCCACCCCCUUCCUUCCAGCUACGUUUGCAGCUUUCCUUCGCCUCCCUUCUGGCUUUCGUUCCCUCGAAUCCCGCUCGGGAUUCGGCCAUGCUCUCCUCCGCUCUCCUCCUCCUCCUCGCUGGAAGCUGCGGCUGCUUCUCUCCAGGGUCGAGCCAGGUGGCCCCUUUCGACUUGCUCUACGCGGACGGGGUGCGGGCGUACUUCGCCCAGGACUGGCCUCGGGCCUCCGAGCUGCUCCAGCGCUCCAUCCACGGCUAUUGGCAGCUGCAGGAGGCGCGCCGAAAGUGCCGAGGCGGAUGCCAGAGGGAAGCCUGUUUUAGGAGCCCGUCGCCUUUCCAGCCGUGGGAGACCAGUUUCUUUGACCGGGUGCUGCAGCGAGCGGAAUGCCUGGAGGAAUGUCUGGGACGGAGGCUGGGCGGGCAGCCGUCCCGCUACCGAGCCAGCCGCGUCAUCCAACAGGACUUUGAAGAGAGGGAGCCCUACAAUUAUUUGCAAGUUGCCUUCUUCAAGUUAAAAAAACUGGAUGAAGCUGUCUCUUCGGCUCAUACAUUCUUCGUAGCCAAUCCACAGCACCUACAAAUGCGUGAGGAUAUGGAGAAAUACCAGCGCAUGGCAGGGGUAAAAUCCGAAAGUUUUCGGGAUCUGGAGGCUCAACCACAUUGGGCAGCUUAUGAAGCUGGGAUGCAUCAUUACGGUAUGGAUGACUACCAACAGGCAGCAGCCAAACUGGAAGAAUCGCUCAGAGAGGGGUUGCUGGCAUUGGAGAAUUGCAGAGCUCUUUGUGAAGGGCGCCGAGAAGAUGAGGACAACAAGGAAGAAACACAACUAGGCCUCUAUGAAAGCAUAGCAGCUCAUUAUGUCCAGGUCUUGAAAUGCAGGCAACAGUGUGUCCUUGAUAUUGCCACCAAGCCAGGCAGGGUGUCUUCCAUAGAAGAUUUCAUCCCAUCUCAUUUUGAUUUAUUGCAAUUUGCCUACGACAGAGUUGGAAAUCGGACUGUUGCUGCUGAAUGUGCAGCUACCUUCCUGCUAUUCUAUCCAUCAGAUGAAAAAAUGCUGGAAAGAUUGAAAGUGUACCAAGCAGACCUGGGAAAAGAAAUAGCUAUUCCAGCCAGAGAGAAUAUCCGCCAUUAUGUGCAAAGAUCCUGUAUGGAAAAGAAAUUGAUCUAUUAUGCAGUACAACACUUUGAUGAAACUUUUAAGGAUCCAGAUUUAUGGACUCCUGAGGAACUGAUCCCUGAAAGCAUGAAGGAGAAACACAAAGAAGAUCAAGAGAAACGAAGCUUGAAGGCCUCACAUAUGCAACAAUGGGAUCAAAAUGAGUCACUGCCUUUUGAGGACAUCACCAUCACCAUGGAUUCCCACCAACUCAAUGGUUCCCAAAGGGUUGUCUUUGACAGAGUCCUGACUGAAUCAGAAUGCAAAGACAUCCUUCGUCUGUCCAAGGCAGCUGGAGGAAAAGGAGAUGGCUAUCGUGGCAGACGUUCCCCUCAUACUCCUCAUGAGCGAUUCGAAGGCUUAACAGUGACAAAAGCUUUGCAGCUGGCUGAGGAGAGUAGUAUGAACUGGAAAGAUAUUAAACUUCUCCUGAAAGCCAGUGAGAAAUCCCAGAAAAUUGUGGAAUCCUAUUUUACCCCUGGGAAAAAACUCUAUUUUUCUUUCACACACCUUGUGUGUCGCACAGCUGCAGACGGAGAACAGGAAAGUCGCAUGGAUCUCAGCCAUCCAGUCCAUGCUGAUAAUUGCCUCUUGGACCCGGAAGAAAACACUUGCUGGAGAGAACCCCCUGCCUACAUACACAGAGACUAUAGUGCAAUCCUUUACCUGAAUGAAGACUUCCAAGGGGGAAAUCUCUUCUUCACUGAGAUGGAUGCUGUAACCGUUACAGCUCAAGUGCGCCCUAAAUGCGGGAGGCUGGUGGCCUUCAGCUCUGGUGAAGAGAAUCCUCAUGGCGUGUGGGCCGUGACCCGUGGGAGGCGCUGUGCUAUCGCCCUCUGGUAUACCCUUUCUCCAGAGCAUGCGGAGCAGGAAUGGGGCCAAGCAGAAAAGCUGAUGAGACAGAAAGAGGCAGAACAGGAACAGUCACAUAAAGAAGACACAGAAGACAACAAUUCUGCAUCUGACAGUGUGGAUUCACCAGAGCCUCCUGCUCCAAAGGGAAGACCUAGAUCCACAAGCCGAAAGAUUAAAUUGGACUCUGAGUCUGGGGUGAAGUCCAGGAGGCCGAGAGUCAGAGAUGAAUUCUGAUCACAUUGAGUGCAACCUGGUCCUUUGCAGUUGCUCUGAGUGACUUGUAAGCAGGCAGCUUGAGAACUUUUGCAACUCCUGAGUUAAAGAAGUCUGCAUUGCUUCUUUAUGACACACAAAGUAUGGAUCAGAGAGUGAUACUUCUUGACUUCAUCUACCAUGGAAACCCGAAUAUCGUGGUGUCCCAGUAAAGAUGCCAAGCGUGUAAACUAAUGUAA